AUGGGCUGGUUCGACGGACCCUCAUCUCGAUCCUCAACCUCGAACGGCUAUGUACGUCGCCGUACAAGCUCCCGCGCAAGUUCUCCCCGCAAAUCGAGUUUAUACUCAACCUACCACCGUGGGCACUCGGCCCCAUCGAUCUUUAGUCUAGGUCGUGGAAGUGGAGGACGGUCCAGUCCCUCUGUCUUUUCAUCCUUUUCAUCCUCGUCACGGGCUCGACCUCGUGAGGGAUUUGUUCAGCGAUUGAUUCGCUCGAUUAAGAAACUGUUUCGGGAUAUCUAUCGCUAUGCUCGUGAGCACCCGCUUAAGGUCUUCAUGCUUGUUAUCCUGCCUCUUCUUACCAGUGGUAUCUUGCCUAAGUUGCUGGCUAUGAUUGGUAUUCGACUUCCUCAUGGAGUUAUGGGUGCGCUUGGUGGGGCUCCUGCUGGUGCACGGGGUCUUGAAAUGGGGAGCAGUAGUGGAUUGAGCGACAGUGUCAAGUCCUUGGUGAGCUUGGCUAAGAUGUUCGCUUAA